CCACCGCUCACACUGCGCACUCCGCACACACACCCGCCUCGUCCACCCCCAAACUGCCUGUCUACCCACCUGUUCGCAUCGUCUCCCUCCAAUUGCGCGGCGCCGACCACCUCACACCUACCUACCUAAGCCACCGCUACGCGACGAGCCAGCCACAACCAAGAACCGCCUUUCAAUCCGACCCCACCUACACCCGGCCUACAACAACAAAUUGAAUUGAAAUUUCCGCUCCGUUCGCUGCAUCACGCAGACCACAUCAACCAGCCAUGGGUCAGACACUGUCGGAGCCCGUCGUGGAAAAGAAAUCAGAUCAGGGCCAAGAUGACCGCGUCGCUUUCGGUGUGAGCUGCAUGCAAGGAUGGAGAAUCAGCAUGGAGGACGCUCACGCCGCGAUUCUCGACCUACAGCCGCUCGAGGAAGACGGAGGAGAACUGAAGCCAGCAGCAUCGGACGUGCGGAUAUCCUUCUUCGGCGUGUACGACGGACAUGGAGGAGACAAGGUCGCGCUGUACACGGGCGAGAACCUGCACAAGAUCAUCGCAAAGCAGGAGUCGUUCAAGCAGCGAGAUUUUGAGCAGGCGCUCAAGGACGGCUUCCUUGCUAUUGACAGAGCCAUUCUCAGCGAUCCCAAGUAUGAGGAGGAAGUCUCUGGCUGCACAUCCUCGGUCGGCAUCAUUACCAACGACAAAAUUUUCGUGGGCAAUGCUGGUGACUCGAGAUCUGUCCUGGGCAUCAAGGGGCGCGCAAAGCCCUUGUCCUUUGACCACAAGCCGCAGAACGAGGGCGAGAAGGCCCGCAUAUGUGCUGCAGGAGGCUUCGUCGACUUCGGUCGAGUGAAUGGCAACCUUGCGCUCAGCAGAGCCAUUGGUGACUUUGAGUUCAAGAAGAGCGCAGACCUUCCACCGGAACAGCAGAUUGUCACAGCCUAUCCCGAUGUGACCGUACACGAGCUGGGAGACGACGACGAAUUCCUCGUCGUUGCUUGUGAUGGUAUCUGGGAUUGCCAGUCCUCGCAAGCGGUUGUGGAGUUCGUUCGAAGAGGCAUUGCCGCGAAGCAGGAGCUGCACGCGAUCUGCGAGAACAUGAUGGACAACUGUCUGGCCUCCAACUCCGAGACGGGCGGUGUUGGCUGCGACAACAUGACCAUGAUGGUCGUUGCCCUGCUCAAUGGACAGACCAAGGAAGAGUGGUACAAGAAGGUUGCCGAGCGCGUCGCUAAUGGGGACGGGCCUUGCGCGCCUCCUGAGUACGGCAAGUCAUGACCCACCCUCUUCAUUCAUCCCUUGGCAGUGGCCGGGACUGUAGCAGUGGCAGACCAGACAUCUCGCAUGCAGCAUGGCUUCCGAGGACAUGCGAUCGGUUUUUGGAGAGCGAAACAGCUGACAAUAGACAGCUGAGUUCCGAGGUCCCGGUAUGCACCACCGCUUCGACGAGUCCCCCGAUGACUAUGACAUGGACAUGGAUCAGCGCACACGAUUGCUAGGACACGACGAAACCGACGUCGACAUGGACCGAGUCACCGAAGUCGAAGAAGUCUCAGAAGAUGCCGACGAGGAGGCGGUACAGAGGAAUCCGCUGAAGAAUGGCGACGUCCGGAGUGAGAGAGAAGGCACGCCAGCACCUGCUGCUGCUGCUGCUGCAUCUUCCGGCAAUGAUGUCCCUCCCAAGGCCGAGGACACGAUCAUGGCCGUGGCAGACGAGAAGCUGGCAGCCACGACGCUGCACAACGAGGACGAGAAGACGAAGUGAUGGCAUUGAGGUUUCAAUUGCAUUUCCCGGCCAGGAUUUUCACAUGGAACUUCCAUUGAUACCCUUUUUUAGCGAAGCGACGAGACCAGCACGACAUGACGGACAUCACACACACAACACACGCACACCGACUUUUCCAUUGUUCCCCUCGACUGAGCAAUCAAGAGCCGUCUUUUGACGAGCUUCUUUCUCCCGGCACAACCUUACAUACAUGAUGGAAUAACAGGACGCGGGCCGGCGUGGCAUCGGAACAGAGUGUUCAUCGGGGACUUGAUAUUCAAUCCAUGCGUUCCGCGUCGGCGCAUGCAAGGGGAUCAUGUAUGGUUGUAGCGUAGAGAGCUCUCGACGGGAACAAUACUACUAGUGCUACUACUACUGCUACUGCUCCA